CAGAAUCGCGCACGUAAAUUCGGACGCAUUACUUAUUCGGUUUUCACCGACCGAAGGUUCUACGAAAAUGAGGAAGCCUGUUGCAAGGCACUGGUAUUCGAUAUUACAGACGCCGGUGGUCGCGCGUGAAACACCUAAACAUCCGCUCAACAGGAUCCGAAGGCCUCAAACAAACCUAUAUAUUGGCUGUGUAUCUCAUUAUAAUUCAGUACGUUUUUGACACCCAGUGGCCAGCAGGGUCCCCUAGCAAAAAAAUGAAGUGCCUAGUCGCGAUAACAUGUCUCCUUGCGCUGUCAGCGUCAUCCAAAGGUGACGGAUUAUACGGCAACCAAUAUGCACCCGGCUACGCGUCUGUAGAUUACUAUGCCUAUCCCAGUUAUGCUUUUGAAUACGCCGUCCGGGACCCUCACACAGGUGACAACAAAGCACAGUGGGAGAAACGUGACGGAGAUGUCGUUAGAGGUGCAUAUUCGCUAGUGGAGCCUGAUGGCAGUUUACGUGUGGUGGAGUACAGAGCUGACGAUAAAAGCGGUUUCAACGCUGUGGUUAAGCGUAUCGGACCUAACCUACACCCUGCAUCGGCACCAAUAUACAAGGCCCCCCUACCAGUUAUAGGUUACAAAUCUGAGAUACCCAUUUCAGUCGGACCUGUGGCCGGACUAGAGAAACUUGCAAGUGCUCCUCUACUGAAUGGAGCAUACUCUGGCGGUCUAGCAUCGUCUUACUCUUCGCUUUACAAAGCGCCGACUCCUUCAAUCAUAAAAGAGGUUAUACCUGCGCCAAUCCUUAAGGAGCCAAUAAUUCCUCUUCCCAUAAUAAAGGAGCCUAUUGUCCCGUAUCCGAUUUUAAAAGAACCUUACCUUCCAAUUUAUAAACAACCAAUAAUAAAGGAACCCUACUAUCCAAUUUAUAAACAACCAAUAAUAAAGGAGCCCUACUAUCCAAUCUAUAAACAACCAAUUUAUAACCCCGCUUCAAUCCUGAAGGAAGAGAUAUAUCCUGAAUCUUAUCCGAUAUAUCCGUCUUAUUCUGCCAUAAAGGGUCCCCUUUUACCUUACGGAGGAUAUGAUUUAAAUCUCUUAGGAAAAGGACUGUUAGGAGAUAAAGGAUUGGGACUGUACAACUACAAAGGAUAUGGCGACCAUGGAUCAGGUUACGUCCGUUAAAACAAAAAAAACUUUGUCAAAAUAAAAAGAAAAGGAAAUAUACCGCUAUCUAAAAAUCCCUAAACAUGUUCUUGAGGCUACAAAAUUUUAUUUAUAAUAUUCGGAGGGCAAUUACAGCGUGCAAAUAAAUUAAUUUAUUACGGUUAUGUUUAUUUAUGGCAUUAGUUAGUAAGACAUUGUAUAGGCACUAAUAAAGCAGUCGCCACUGUGUGGUAA